AGGGCGCGCGGCACCCUGGGAUACUGGCAGACUCGCAGCCUCAAGUGCAGGAGGAACAACGGCGGUGGAGGACUCGGAGGGGGAGGUCGACGGCAGCGGCGAACAGGACUAGACGCCAGAAGAAGAAGAAGGAGAAGGACGGACACCACCAGCAGCACCAGCGAGGGAGUUACGCGUGAACCCAGGGUGCAAAGCCCUCGGAAACCAGCCCGCCAAGUCCCGGCCCCUCCUAGGGAAUCCCGCUUCCGAGGGGCCGGUACCGAGGGUCACCAAUUCAGUGUGUUUUGAAGUAAAUGUGGUAAGACCAUUUUGGUAAGAAGCCAUGCCAGUUCUCCAGAUCUCAGGAUAUCGGAAUCGAUGAAGGAGGUGUCUGGAUGCCUUGCUUUGAAAUUGCCUCUGGUAAACAUUUGUUCCCGUGAGCAAGUUGGCUUUGUUGUACUUGGGACUCCAAAUGAGGCACAAAGAUGUGAUGUGAACAGAUUUUUACGGUUGGCAACCAUGCAUCUGAAGCUGCACCCAAAGCUACAGCAGAAAGAUGCAUCUCUUGAAUCAAGCCAAGAGGCACUUAGAGGCCUUCGGUCAAGCCACCACACAACUGUAGGGGUUGAAAGAUGCCAAUCUACCUGCAAUAAACCAUUGUGCUGUAAAUCCAUUGCUUUGGCAUCUCACAUCAGCUUGUGGUGUCCAAGACCUUUUGGUUUCAUUUCCCAAAAUAAAAUGUGCAAUAUGAGGAAUCCAGCUGAUAAUGUUAGUUUUAAUGGAAGAAAGAAACAAGUGUCUGAAAAUGUUCUGCCUCCUUCGAUUCAUCAGGAAGAAGGGGAGGCACAAUUGGAUAUCUGGGCAGUCAUAAAACCUGGUAACACGAAAGAGAAAAUCGCAUUCUUUGCAGCACAUCAAUGCAAUAACAGGACCAGCGCCAUGAAAGUAAAGAGCAGUUGGGAUGCUGAGGUCACAACUGCUAAACGCAGAAGGAAAUCGGUUGAUCUAGAGAAAGUAAAGAUUCAACCAGUGAGAAAAGAGAGCAUUGAUAAAAGGUAUUUGCGUGCAGACCCACCAACAAGCAGUAACAGUGAUGAGAAUUCAUUUGUAAAUAUUGAUAAACAAAAUGCUGAUGGACUUGGUCAUAGCAGCUCUCUUUCUGUGGCAGAAAUGGUGGCUCUUCUAGAACAAAGGGCAAAUUCUCUUCUCCCAGACUGCAGCAAACCGUUUACAAAUGCCAAUGCUCACUCGCCGAGUGUUGUGCAUUCAAAGGGAGGGUCCUCAUCAGUAGAAGCCAUUUCACAUACAGGAUCGGAGCCUGGUUUAAGUCACAAAAAGUCCACUGAAAAUAAAAAACUACAGGGUGAAUAUGUUCGAGUUAUCGAAGUAAUAGCUAAGCUUGAAUCGGAGUGCUUAAAGAAUCAACACAACAGAAAUGGACAAGUUAGGAAUAAUAGCUUUCGGAGAGAGGUGGGGAGGGUUUUGCUAACCGAUCCACAUCUUUUGGAAGAAAGCAUGAAGAGUACAGGCAUUAUUAAAAAAUCAACUAAUGUACCCAGUACAGUUGAUAACAUUGGGCAAAGCAAAGAACAAUGCUGUCAUAUAAGCACAAGCUAUACUAAGCCAUGCACUGAACCACUGGAUAAUGCCACAAGUGUUCCAUCUCCAGCUAUUAGCUUUUCAGGUGUGGUAUUGGAUCUCUCUUCUAAAGAGGCUUCAUUAACCCACAAGGAAGCAAUGUCAUUGCCAAACAGUUGCAGAGAACGUUGCAGUCAUGAUGCUGAGGUAUCAGUGGAGUGCUGUAAUGCCCCGUCACUGUGUUGGGAAAUGGACAAUAAGUUUGUAUCAAACUUUACUUUUCCAGAGAAUGGUAUGGGUGAAUAUGCAACUGAUUUUAUUGUCGAUGAGUUAGAGUCUUGUGUGGCAGACAGGAAUAUGGAUAGGGGGGUGAAGGAAGGAACAGAAUGUAGAUCUAUAACUAGACUUCAUCCAUGUGAGGAACCCCUUCCUGGAGAACUCUUUUUCACACUUGAACAGUCCCAUAUGGAAAACUUGGAUUCAAAUGAAAAUACUACUGAGGAAAUCCUGGAUAUUGCACAAUGCAGGGAUCACUUUCUGAUUGCUGAAAGCAGAACAUUCAACCGAAGUUGCUCACAAACAAAUCGGGACAAUUCACUUGCAUCUUUUGGAACAAUAUGCCCUUCUUUAACUGAGCCCAUUCCUCUCAGGAGGCAAGUAUCUCAUGAGUUCCUGGAAACUCGCUUCAAAAUCCAACAGCUCCUUGAGCCUCGGCAAUACAUGGCCUUUUUACCGCACCACAUCAUGGUGAAGAUUUUCAUGUUUCUUCCUACCAAAACCCUGGCAGCUCUCAAAUGCACGUGCCAUUAUUUUAAGUUCAUUAUAGAAAACUAUGACAUUAGGGCAAUAGAUUCACGCUGGGUCUGUGACCCACGAUACAAAGAUGAUCCAUGCAAGCAGUGUAAAAAGCAUUACUCAAAAGGGGAUGUGUCACCGUGUCGGUGGCACUCAAAGCCCUAUUACAAAGUUCUACCCUAUGGGCGUUCUUACUGGAUGUGCUGUUGGCAGACAGAAAAAGACUCACCGGGCUGUAAAAUUGGGCUUCAUGAUAAUAACUGGGUGCAGUCUCAUAAUCAUAUCCAACAAAUAUGUGUAAAAAGUGGAGAAGAUUUUUGAAGUUUAAAAAAAGGUGAAAUUGGUUUAGUCUGACUGGCGAUGUAAAAAAAAAAAGUUAUUGAAUUGUUUGCUUCCUAUCAAAAUUGGAAUAUUUUGUUGGUUCUGCACUGUUUACAUUGUACAGUAAAAACAUGUUAGCUUACGUGAAUCUGCAUGAACCAAACUGCAGCAGGCAAUAGCUGUGAGAAGUGCAGUAUUUGCUCUAUCAUGUGUUUGAUUUAUGAUAGUGUUGUACUGUUAAUGUAGCUGUCACAGCAACAAACCACUACAAUGCAGCUAUAUCAGUGUUGCAGUUAGUCUAUUUUAAGUAAUGAUCUUUCUUUUGAAUAGAUUGUAUAUUCUACCUAAAAUUACAUUUAAGCGCAAAAUAUUGGCAUGGAAAUGAAUAAAUCUGAACAAAAUUGGCCACCUGGGACUAACUGAGAAUUAUGAUGGUAUGUGUUGCUUUACAAUGUUGGGUCAAAUUCAGAACUUUAUUAUUGGCACUGCAGAAUUACAGGUUAUGCAAAAUGAAAUCUGAUUGAAUGUGGCAUUACUUGAAUUGUCACUGUCAGUGUACAGCAAUGCCUACGUUGAAUUAAUUAGUCUCAGAUUAUUUUUGGGGGGGAUGGGUUUUUACUGGUCUAAAAGGUUUGGUGGUAUAUAUGGAGAGUUAUAUGAACUAUUGUACAGUGAUCAUUUUACUGAGAUGGAUGUUUUAAUAGGAUUUACCAAAUUUGUGUUAAUAGCAUAUAACUCAACUGUACAUCAGAAAUAAAAUUCAUUGUGCCAUGGCAAACAAUUCUUUGGUCCAAUCGAUAUAAUUCAAUUAUAAUUUUAAUCUUGUUGGCUGAAAAGAAAAAUAGUUUAAACAAACCCACAAAAAGAAAUCAAACUCUAAAAUUUAUCCUUGGGUAUUAAAAAGAGAUGCGUGGAAAUUAAGUCUCAUUCCCACAUAUAACAAGAAUGGGCUAUAUUUUAACCCAAACAUGAUAAAUUGCCAGCCUUUAACAUUAGCACCUCAAAUUAGCUUUUGAUUUGAGUUAAGUCAAAACCCUUGUUCCAUCGUCACUUUAAAAAGGAUUCUUCAUGGCUAUCUUUUUUUAAAUCUCAAAACUGAAAGCAAAAGUGGCAAUUCGGGUCUUUGCAUGAAUAACUUUAUUUUCUCAAGUGUGUGAAGAAAUGACAUUUUAUUUUAACUGUAUUACACUUUGUUCUCUACCUGCAUGAAUAUAAAAUCCAAAUAUCCUGAGACAGGUGAAUCUUAAGACCAAAACAGGGAAUAGUCACCAGGACAUACUUGGUGGAAAGAUGGAAAAUGACAAAACUGGUAAUCGGCCUAGAAAAAUAACCGUUAUUCUCUUCUCCGUGGAUGCUGAUUUGCUUCUUUUUCUCUUCACAUGCAAUAUUUUGAUCUUUGUGGUUACUCCAAAGAGUAAACGUAAGGAUACCAAAUAUAAGGAUUUAUUUUGCUAAGUAAAUCUUUAAAGUGCUUUUAUUACUGCCUUUGUAAGCUUAGGGUGCACAAUUGCAUAUUUGUACAUUAUUAUGUUUGUUGUUAGAGCUAGGAUUUUUUUUUUUGGCAUUGAUACUGUCUUUUAAAUGUGUCCCUUUUGAAUCUCAACCUUUUCAAAGUAUCCCAUCCAUGUAUUUUUUUUUUUUUACUUUACUUUCAAAUGGUGCCUAAAAUUGUUCAUUUGUUAGCUACUGAGUGAAUGCUGCCUAACCUGUAACACUGCAUAUGGCUUUGCAUUGUAAUAUAUUUUAUUCCCCCUAAACCUGCCGCUUGCUCCGAAACAUGUGCUAAUUGCAAGGAUGUCUAUUUACACUUCAGCAGUUAGGGAGCACAAUUAUAAAGCUGCUGUUUCUGUGUAUCAUGUACAUUAACUUGCAAUUUUCUAUAAUUUUAAGAUCUACAAACAUAAAACAAUGUAAAAUGAAUAAAUGUGGGACAUUAAUAGAACAAAA